CGCUCUCGGUGGCGGCCGCUGCUGGCUAUGCUUCUAGCGGCGGUCGGCGGCGCGGCACACGAACACUGCGCCCCGCCGGUGAUCGAGGGCCACCCGUGUUCGGAUGUGAGCGGCCUGCGCCAGUCCCCGGUGGCUAUUGACUCGUGCCGCGCCACUGCCGACGUCCACCGGCCGCUGCGGAUUUCUAACCUGGACGCCAUCCCGCGCCGGAUGACGGUGGAUAACACGGGAGACCGGGUGGCGGGGGAUGUGUUCUGGGCGCCCGGUGAGACGCCCACCAUCACCGGCGGCCGGCUGCGCGGCCAGUUCAUCUACGAGCUGUACAACCUGCACUGGGGCGCCAACAGCUCCUCCGGCUCUGAACACCUGGUGAACGGGCGCAGCUACGCCGGCGAGCUCCACCUCGGCUUCAAGAACGUCAAGUACGCCACUGUGGAGGAGGCUCUCCUGCACGCGGACGGCGUGGUCGCUCUGGCGGUGCUGCUGGACGUCCAGGCGCGCAGUCCGGGCCGCGGGCUGACGGCGCUGGCACCGGCGCUGUUCCAGAUCCGCGAGGCGGCGAGCUCGGCAGAGCUGGUCUCGCCGCCGACUCUCCGGGAGCUGCUGCCGCGCCAGCUGCAGCGCUACGUCCAGUACGAGGGCUCCUUCACCUCGGUGCCGCCGUGCCGUGAGGCCGCCACAUGGAUCGUGCUGCUGGAGCCGCUGCGGGUGCUGGAGCUGGAGCUGGAGCUGCUCCGGCAGCUGCGCGACCCCAGCGGACAGAAUAUCUGCACCAGCCUGAACCGGCAGCUGCAGCCGCUGGCCAGCCGACCGCUGCACACUAAACACGCGCACCGGGGCUGCUGACGCGCGCGCGUGCUGCGCACCGGCUACCGACUCCUUAGGUACUUGAUGUUUGUUGGAUUAGUUGUUAUCUGA